UUUGCCAUAAGAGUCAGAGGUUUUGUGAAAUUAGUUUGAAGAUUGGAUUUGUGUUUAAUGUUUUGAUAAAAUGAGUGAUGGUUUCAAGAAAUGUGUUGUAGCAAUUGUGAAAUACUGUAAAAGUAUGUAGUCGAUGAAAAUAGAUUUCUAUAGAAGCAUUUCUCUUCCUAAGCCAUCCCACCAUCACUCUUUAAGAGAAGUAAAGGGGAACUUAUCAUCAGUUGUUGAUUUUCAACAAUAAACAGAACUUGCAAAGAGGUUUUUAUGGGAUUGAAGCCUUACAGAAUAUGGCAAGCACUACUAUUGGAAUUCAAAAUAUGACCAGAAUCACUACGGACAAUUCCACAGUGCAGACAGAGAUCUUCUCAGGCAUUAGCAUCUUCAUAACAUGCAUUUACUUUGCCAUCCUUGUUGUAAGUCUCAUUGGAAAUGGGCUCGUCAUAUUUGUGACUGGUUACAAAAUGAAGACGACAGUCAACUCCAUUUGGUUCCUCAACUUGGCGAUUGCAGACUUCAUCUUCUCCUUUUCUCUAAUCAUAAGAGCACUUUUAAACAUUCACGGUAUCUGGCAUGCUGAUACCUCCAAGUACGCAUUUCUCUGGUUCAUUAUUUACCUAACCUCAUUUACUAGCAUUUUGCUGCUGACAACUAUUAGUCUGGACCGAUGCCUGAGCACAUGGAUGGUUGUGUGGUCCCGUAAUAAUCGAACCAUAUUCAAAGCCAGAAUCAUCUGCGUGAUUGUGUGGGUUUUAUCCAUCAGCGGCUGCAUCCCUGCACUCAUCAAUCGCUCAGCAACAAAGAGUGAAGGAAUCAAUGGCUAUCCUAUUCAAUACUACAAGUUUCUGGUCACAUUCAGGUUUAUAGUGAGCUUUGUCAUCCCCUUCCUGAUCAUUGCAUCUUCAUAUAUAGCUAUCGGUGUGCGAGUCAAACGUCUCAAAAAGGAGAAUCAGCUUAGGUCUUACCAGGUCAUUAUAGCUGUGGUCCUGGCAUUUUUCAUAUGCUGGCUUCCUUAUCAUGUAUACAAAUUGUAUUAUAUAAGUGCAAAAGAGAAUCAGUGGAGUGAUUCUGCUAAAGAGGUUCUUUCAAAAAUGAAUGUUGUAGUUAGCUUCCUGGUUCAUCUCAACAGCUGUCUGAACCCCAUUCUCUAUGUGUUCAUGUGUGAGGAGUUUAAGAAGAAGCUGAAACAGUCUCUGCUGCUGGUGCUGGAGACGGCGUUUGCUGAAGAUCAUCUGGACUUCAGAGUCUAAAAACAAAUGAAAGAUAUCACCAUCUCUAUUUCUGCCAGCUGCCAGCCACAUAAAGACAAACAAAGCACUCAUAAUGUAUGGUCAUACAGUGUAAGACAUCAUUCGUUAACUGUAAAGGGUGUGUUUUAAUUUGCAUACAAUCACAAUAAAAAUUAAAUAUUGUGCUUUGGUAAAAUAAAGAAAACAAACAGGAUAUGCCACUUUCUGCUGUCUCUGUCUCCUUUCUGUGAACUUGUUUGUGGAGUGUGUCACAAAAAAUAAACCAAAACUCACACAUA